AUGGCACCCUUCUACGCCAAUCAAAGCUGCGACCCUUUCACGCCGGAGUCUCGGCCUUGCACCUUGGGCAAUUACGUAGAUUACGCAAUCAACGUCACCGAGCCCUCCGAUGUAGCCAAGGGAAUCGCAUUCGCAACGAGGAACAACAUCAGGCUCGUCAUCCGCAAUACAGGCCACGACUACAACGGAAAGUCAACCGGCGCCUUCGCCCUCGCGAUCUGGACCCACUACCUCAAAACCAUCUCCUUCACCGACUACAAAUCCCCUUCCUACACCGGCAAAGCCAUCAAAAUGGGCGCCGGCGUCCAAGGCUUCGAAGCCUACGCCGCCGCACACCGAGUCGGACUGUCAGUCACCGGAGGCGAAUGCCCCACCGUCGGCCUCGCGGGCGGAUACACGCAAGGAGGCGGCCAUUCGGCCUUAGCGUCCAAGUAUGGCUUAGCGGCCGAUCAGACGCUGGAAUGGGAAGUCGUUACCGGAACCGGGGAGUUCGUGAGAGCCAGUCCGGGAGAGAAUGCGGAUCUGUAUUGGGCGCUGAGUGGAGGUGGAGGGGGCACUUACGGUGUCGUUUGGUCGCUGACGUCGAAAGCACAUGUCGACAUACCCGUCUCGGGUGCCAAUCUCACGUUUUCGAGCGAGGGUAUAUCGACAGAUACGUACUACGCGGCCCUGACGGCCUGGCAUGCGAAUCUGCCCCGGCUCGUAGACGCGGGCGCGAUGACGGUCUACUACGUCACCAGCGCAGCUUUCACCCUCACGCCUUUCACGGGGCCGGGUAUUUCGGCGUCGAGGGCCAAGGAACUCCUGCAGCCUUUCAUCGAUGAAUUGAAUCGGCUGGGGAUCGAAUACAACAUGACGGGCCCGACGGAAUUUCCUACGUACUUGGAUCAAUUCAACACGUUUCAGCUUCCAAUCGAGGUCGGCACCGCGCAGUACGGCGGCCGGUUGAUUCCGCGCUCGGUCGUUGAGAAUGAUACUGAUGCGCUCACGGCUGCAAUACGAACAAUCAAUGAGCAGGAUUCAGCGCCUUUAUUUUGUGGCAUAGGGCUAAAUGUAAAUAUGAGUGUGGCGGGGGAUGUAGACAAUGCGGUUUUGCCGGCUUGGAGGGAUACGUUGAUCGAUGCUGUCAUUACGACGCCUUGGAAUUUCACAGCGCCGCUUUCGGACAUGGUGGAGUUGCAGGAGGAGAUGACGGAUGUGCUAUUGCCGCAGUUGGAGGCGAUUACGCCGGGGUCGGGAUGUUAUCUCAACGAGGGAGAUCCUUACCAGCCGAAUUGGCAAGAGACUUUCUACGGCGCGAAUUACCCGCGUCUUCGCUCGAUCAAAGCUAAGUAUGACCCUCAUGACAUCUUCUACGCUACCACGGCUGUUGGGAGCGAUGAGUGGGAGAUUGAGAGCCCGGGAAGGCUGUGUAGAGUGCCAGCUUGA